GGCGUAAUGACGUCAUUUCCGGCUUCACGCCUGUGACGCGCUUCAUUCAUGUCCAGCAACAGGAAGCGUGGCUAGCGUUCAAACUCCGCAGCUUAAAACAAACAAUCAUGAUUCCUAAUGCCAAUACCUGACAGUCAAUCCGAGUCAGAGUAGGGCAGAAUUGUUUUCAAAGGAUUUUACACCGCGAGUCUGACAACUGGACUCACUGCCCAACAAAGAACUGAACGUCGGACAGCAAGUCUGAGUCCUGAUGGAACACAACGAGGAGAGCGAAGAACUGAGUGAAGCGGAGGGGAAACAUCAUGUCAAAACUGGAGAAAAAUCUUUGAGUCGCUCACAGACUGAAAGUAAUUUAUUGAAAAGAACAGCAAAAAAAAAAUCUUUCGCGUGCCGUCAGUGCGGGAAGAGUUACGCAGUAAAAACAGUCCUUAGGGAACACAUGAAAAUCCACACUGGAGAGAAGCCGUACACAUGUGAUCAGUGUGAGAAGAGUUACAUAUUUAAAGCAACAUUUAGGGAACACCUGAAAAUCCACAGCGGGGAGAAGCCAUUCACGUGUGAUCAGUGUGGGAUGAGUUUCGGAAAAAAAGGAUCCCUUAAGGAACACAUGACAAUCCACACUGGAGAGAAGCCGCACACAUGUGAUCAGUGCGGGAAGAGUUUCAGAAAAUCAUGCACUUUAAAAAUACACCUGCGUUGUCAUUCUGGAGAAAGGCCGUUUACCUGUGAUCAGUGCGGAAAAACAUUUGUUAGGGCAGAUGCGCUGAAGGACCACAUUAAAGUUCACACAAAGGAGAAGCCUUACACGUGUCCUUUGUGUGGAAAGAGUUUCAGUCAGAUGAGUACCCUAAAUAUACACCAGAAAAGACACAACGGUGUGAAGGAUCACAUGUGCUUUGAUUGUGGGAACACUUUUGUUCGAGAUGCUGAACUAAAGCUGCACCAACUAACUCACUCUAGAGAAAAACCUUACAAGUGUUCACACUGCGACAAGAGAUUCAAAAGUUCAGCAUAUCGGAAAUCACAUGAGCGGAUCCACGCUGGAGUGAAACCUUACAAGUGUUCACACUGUGAGAAGACUUUCACUGAUUCGGCAUCUCUGAAAUCACACGAGAGGAUCCACACUGGAGUGAAACCGUAUCACUGCCCUCCGUGUGGGAAGAGUUUCACUCAUUCAUCUUCUCUAGGUUUUCAUUUAAGAAACAAAUGUUUGAAAUCAUCUUCGGAUACAUCUCAUUCAAAAUGCAACACUUUGUCCUCGCCAAACUAAGCAAUCAAAUCUAUCUCCUCUAUAUAAAUCUGCCCAAACCAGCCAUAACUGACGGGUCAAUGAAACAUUCAAAGUAAUUACUGUGAACAGAGUCCCUCUUUACCGAGAUCUACACGAGUUUCUCCUAAAUCAACAAUAUCUAAGAAGUUCUUGUAUAAAUGUUUACUUCAUGAUAAAAUAAAAUCAUGCUUUAUGAAGACUAAAAUGUCAUCUUUUUUUAAUAUUAAUGUAUUAUUAAUAUUAUGUAUCUGUAUCAAUAUGAUUGUAUUAAUAAUAUCUAUUUGUACUAUUAUUCUUUCUUAAUAUUCAUAAUAAGUUGUAUUAUCUUAAGCGAGUUUCAAAAGCAUGAAUUUAAAUGCAUGAUAAGACUAUAGAUAGCACGUCAGAGGGUGCAAACUAUAUUUUGCAUAUUAUAUAUAUAUAUUAUAUAUUUUGCAGAAUAUAUAUAACUAUAUUUUAUAUAUUUCUUUAAGUGGUGUGUACAAUGUAACGUUUCCACUGAUGCUUAGAUCUUAAUAUGGACGUGAAUCUUGACAUAUAUACGUUCUAAGUUAAGAAAGAAGCUCAAAGCCACAAGUUUUGUUACAUUACAAGGAAGCUGGAAGUUUCUCUGUGCUAUAUAAAACGCAUAGACUUGGCAUGAAUACAACAUCUUAAAGUUUCUCUUCUUCUUUCAUAAAAUCUUUCUUGGCAAGAUAACUGGUGUAAUUCCAAGUCUACACUUUAUUUAUGAUUUUUGUAUUUUGGUCUUAUUAUAUUUAAACGUUUUAUGAAAGCGAACAGGAGUGGAUUCUUCACCUUCCCUUUGCCACCUUAUUAUAUCCAUUUACUCCAAGUUUAAUCAGCAUUUAUUAAUCAGUUUUAUCUUUUACGCAGUGAUUCAAUAGACUGCAAUGUUUGUAGAAUGUGCUUCACAGAGCUGUAAAAUCUUUGCUUUUUAACUGCGGAUUACUGUGCGCAUAAAACCACGGUGGCGAGCAGGACGAGGCCGAGGGCCGUGAGAGAGCAGCACGAACAGUUGGCUACGUGUACAUAUUGAAGAGAAGAAAAUGGUUGGUGUUUGUGCUUUUCCCGAAAACAACGGGCCAUAUGAGAUUCUACACAGUUCAGCGCACUUGGAUUGGCGUUCGUAGAUCGACUGGUAGAGACUUUUUUUCAAAGAUGGCUUC